AUGAGUCCGAAGGUCUUCAUUACAGGUGUUACCGGCUUCAUCGGUGGAGACGUCCUCCACGGCCUUACUCAGACCCUGACGGCGUCCAGCAUCGUUGCCCUUGUGCGCAACAAGAGCCAGGCUGCGGUCGUUGCAGGACGAUUUCCAACGGUGAUCCCACUCAUUGCAGACUUGGACUCCAGUGUAGAAAUUCAACAAGUAGCGUCUACGGCUGAUGUGGUGCUUCAUCUGGCAAGCUCCAGUCACGUGCCUAGUGCUAAGGCUAUCGCUGAAGGACUGGCGAAGAGCGAGCGUAAAAGCCCAACAUGGAUCCAGAUCUCUGGCGCCAGUUUCCUGGCCGGCGCGGAGAUGAAGGCUAGGAGCUUCGGCCAGCCCGGCACCAAGAUCUACAAUGAUCUGGACCAAAUCCACGAGAUUUAUGAGAUCCUUGCUGCUUCGCCGCAGCGUGCGGUGGACCAUAUCAUCCGCGGAGUGCAUGCCACCAACCCUCGGGUGAGGACGGCCAUGGUCUACGGGCCCCUCAUCUACGGCCAGGGCCGAGGGCCCGUGAAUCAGCGGAGUAUCCAGAUCCCCGAUCUCGCCAAGGCAACUCUGCAACACGGACACGGCCUUCAUCUCGGCCGCGGCCUCAACACAUGGAGUACGAUCCACGUAUCCGAUUUGACGGCACUCUUCCUGAGGUUGGUUAUCGAAUCCACGCGACCGGUGAACCCGGAAUUAUGGAAUGAGAAUGGGAUUUUCUUCGCCGAGUCGGGCAAGAUGUCUUUCGGAGAUAUCGGCAAAGGGAUCGCAACUUUCGCCCACUCCCAGGGUUUCAUCCAGACGCCGGAGGCGGUGGAGAUCGAUGCGACCGCCGCGAACAGACUCACGCCUCACGGGUCGGCCAUCUGGGGCACCAAUGCUCAGUACCAGGCGAUCCGGGCACGGGAGAUUCUAGGAUGGCGGCCCCAAGGACCCUCCUCACUCGAGGGUGAGAUCGAGCGCGUCGUCCUCGCCGAGGCGUCCCGGAACUUCUCGCGGCCGGCGCAGAAGCUGGCGUAA